UGCUAAUUAGCCUAGUGCAGUUUGAGCAUUUUGUUAUUUACUAAUUGGCGCUACAAGAACGCUGAAUAAAGCUCCAGUUUUUCCACGAGAUGCAACUAUUAUCCAAACAGUAGUUGCAAGUAGUUGAUUCUUGAUUCUUGCCGGAUAUUUAUUGCAUACCUUAUACAAACACGGCAAAUUCUUAAAUUAAUAACAAUAAUUCCAUCCUGUAAUAACGGUGUGACAGUUGUCACAUUGUUUGACAGUUCUAUAGAAUUGCCAUUUUAUAAGUUAAUGUUAGUGUAACUCUAUAACAACAACAAUGGACGAUGUAUACAAACUUUACAACAGCAAUUCUUCUCCGAAGGUGCAAUUGAAAGAAUAUUUUGAUGAGUAUCUUAACGUGAUAGGGUCGACCGAAAAUGUUAUACCGUUGAAACAGAAUAACUCUAAUUUGAUGACCCUAAUGGGAGUUCAGCUUGCAGAUGAAGAAAUGUCUAUGUUGGCUAGUUACUGCAGUAUAGACAACUUGACAGUUGAAGGGGAGAUGCCAAAAUUUAAUGAUAAUAGGAAAUUGAGGAAAAAAGAGACAUUUGGCCCUCAAGAACCACCAGAUAUAAACUUGCAAACCAUUCAAAAUCUGAAGAAAAGAUUGAAACAAGGAAACAAACAGUCUUUUUACAAGUAUCAAAGUGAAAUAUUUAUACACUACGAUAAAGAUAAAGAAAAAGGUCAUAGAACUGUUAUUCCUGGACAAGAUAUUUUGGUCUUUGUCAGGACUUAUCAUCCUUUUGCUCAACGAACUAAGAAUCUUACAAAACAAUGUGCUUCCACACUGAGACUGAAUAGUAUUAUAGCAGUACUGGGUUCUCAAACACUUGCUGAUUUGCGUGACAAAAUAUCUUGCGUAUCUGAUUAUACUAUUUCUAAAGAAUGCAGCGAAGAUUUAAAGAAUGCAAUAGGACCAAUGGCAAAAGAUGUGUAUAAAUCUGGUUUCUUCUUUAUAGAGGACACUUUUUAUAAUGAUACUAGAUGUCCUGAAAAUAUUGAUUACAGCAAAGUAAUCAUUGAGUGGACACAAAGGCGGCCAAGUUUGGGACCUUUCAAAACUGCCAAGAUGGAGGAGUGUAGAAUAGAUUCCUUGCUUUUGAGAUUUGGUUUUCCAUGGGUUUAUAAGCAUCAAGGCGGAUGUGAACAUUUAAUUGUGUUCAGUGAUGCGAGACUAAUCAAUAAUGAUGAUAGUUUGCAUGAAUUCGCAUAUCCACAAAUCGUGAGACUAAGACCUUUAUCUUCUAAAUAUUGUAUGAUAUGUGGUGCUUUCAUUGCACAGUGGAUUACUUUGGACCAUGAAAGGAUACCACAUAAUCCCUGCUACUUCUGUAAUCAUUGUUUUAAAUCGUACAAUUACAUCAACGGUAAAAAAGUUGGGGAUUUUAAUGCAUUUGCAUACCCGCGUAAUAUCGAACACACGAAAGGAGAAAUAUAAAUAUUAAAGAGUAGUGUCAUUUUCACAACAUGUAAUCUACUUUCCUAUUAUAAUAUACAUUAUUUUAUUGAUGAUUUCAAAGUGUACAAUUUUCUCAAAUUGUUUUUAACGCUAUUGAAUUCUGGUUUAAUUUCUAAUGCUUUUUUGUACAUAUAUUCUGCCUCGUCUAAUUUAUUCCAUCGAUGAUACAGUACACCUGCAAUUAUAAAAUUUAAUUUCACGCUCAAAAGUAAACCUUGUACAAUUUAAGAGGUCAUGCUUAGUCAGAGAUCUUGAAAGAAUCAGUUUUUGAGUCUAGUCAAUUUUCAGUUUAGCAUGUAAUUUAGUUUAUUAGUGCGAAAAAAUGGAAACAAUUUUUUAAUUCAAAAACCGCUAAAAAUGGUGAGAGGAGUGUCAGUACAUCAGCGAAAAAAUUGCAGGAAGACAUUACUGUGCCGCAAGAUAGUUCUGUGAAAUAUAGAAUUGUCAGUUUCUUACAAUUUUUGUAAUAAUUUCAACACUUGUGAAGUGUAAAGUGUGUGACGGAGAAAUAAAAUUUCAAACUAACAAUGCACAUGGACUUGUGGAUUGUUGUGCUUUGUGCUUUCUGAAACAUAUGCUGACAAAUAAAUGUUUUAGAGGCUAGUACUCCAGCAGAAGAUGGCCAAUAUAAGCCAGGAAUUGAUGAUUCCAUGUGAGUAAAAAAUAAACAUUUAUGAGUAAACAUAAGUUGAAACUUUAAACGCGUUUUUCUCGAUACGAAAUUUUUACUGCCUUUUGUACAUGCAAAAAAUUUGUUCUUCAACGAAGGAUUUUUUUUUAGUAAAAAGAUUUAUUUUUCAUAAAAAAAUCAAAACUCACUUUGAACGCCUGCCAUCAUAUCAAAGAUCAAUAUUUUAAAAACUUCGUUCAAGGACAAAUUUAGAUUAUCAGCUAAAGAAAUAUUUUUCGCAUAUGAUUUCAGAUAACUGUGGACCCAGUGAAGCUGACCACUGCUAAAUGUUUUUUUGGAAAGCCUUCGGGAAAAUUGCCAUAACUUACACACUUUUGCAUAUUUUUCAAUAAAAAAAUACAAUUAGUAAUAAAAAGCUUGAUUUUUCAAAUAAAGCAACAUUGGCUGAAAAGGA